AUGGAUUCGAGAAUAUUGCUCGUUUUGGCCUGCAUGAUUGCAGUGGCCUCCUCAUGGUCAUUACCUUACCCGUCAGCUCCGAGAGCACCGAUGAGGUUCACGAGAUUCGCUCCUCCACCUCAUCCAAGGCCAUAUUUACACGCCAAUCCACACGCACAUCGCAAAGUUCCAGCUCCAGUUGAAACAUCAGACAUAGAAGAAGAACCACAACAUCGCCCAAAACGUGGUCAUGACGACUAUGACCACGACCACGACUACCAAUCCGGCAACAACCACAGGGGCACCAGCGGCGUCACAGGUCCUGUCCAUACCUUCGUAAAGACCGACAAGAACGCCAACUACAAGUGGGGGGUCAGACACCACGUCGGUGAUAAAUAUGCCUCCUAG